CACGCCGUGACACGCGUGGGGAACCGAAGCGGCAACAAACUUUUCCAAAAAAUACUUUUGUUUACAUGGCAGGUGGCCCUUGACGUCACACGGGGUCGCAGUACGCCCAAAAAUAACAACACACCUCCGCGCACAAGCAAGUGCCUCCCCUGAGGGGGUUUCUAGUCCCAAAUAUACUUGCUUGCUGGGAUACGGCUUGAUGUGUGUUUGAAUCGCAACGCAAAAAAACAAGGCGCCUCUUCCUCGCAUUGCGCGUCAUUCAAACAGGACUCCGUGUACUGCUUUUCUCUCUGUUGCAUUAGUAAUAACAGCGGCGUUGACGAGAGACAGCAGGAGCGAGUGUGUGCGUCUCCGGCAGCGGUGCCCAGCGGAGGAAUAUUUGAGCUUUUUUUAUUUACUCUGCAGCUUGUUGUUCAUUUUCUCUGCGUUAUGGUGAACUUGGACAGUCACGUGUGAAGAUCUCCGCGAGUGUCGAGGACGGCGACUUCUCACCUGGCGCGUCCCUUUGACUUACCGUGAGGGAAAUAUACCUGCCGGUCUGUGAUUGGAGACAUCGCUGGACUCCUUCCACUCCUGUGACGGACAACAACAGCAAGUUUUCUCCCUUAGGGAUGAAAUAUGCACAUGCACCCAUAGAAAAAAGCUGCCUACACAAACUGUGAAGUCCAAAGUGGUUUUAAAUCAUGAUGAUGCAGGAGUCGGCCACAGAGACAAUAAGCAACAGUUCAAUGAGUCAAAAUGGAAUGAGCACCCUAAGCAGCAGCCAAUUAGAGGCUGGCAGUAGAGAUGGGAGAUCAAGCGCUGGUGACACGAGCAGCGAAGUAAGCACAGUCGAGCUGCUGCAUCUGCAACAACAGCAGGCCCUACAAGCAGCGAGGCAAUUACUCUUGCAGCAGCCAGGCAGUGGCCUGAAAUCUCCAAAGAGCCAGGACAAGCAGCGUCCACUGCAGGUUCCAGUGUCAGUGGCCAUGAUGAGUCCCCAGGUGAUCACACCGCAACAGAUGCAGCAGAUCCUCCAACAGCAGGUGCUCUCCCCGCAGCAGCUCCAGGCCCUGCUCCAGCAGCAGCAGGCCGUCAUGCUGCAGCAGCAACACCUGCAGGAGUUUUAUAAGAAGCAACAGGAACAGCUUCACCUGCAGCUCCUGCAACAGCAGCACCCCGGCAAGCAGGUGAAGGAGCAACAGCAGCAGCAGCAGCAGCAGCAGCAGCUGGCCGCCCAGCAGCUCGUCUUCCAGCAGCAGCUCCUGCAGAUGCAGCAGCUCCAGCAGCAGCAGCACCUGCUCAACAUGCAGAGGCAGGGCCUGCUCUCGCUGCCCGGGCCCGCUCCCGGCCAAGCCGCCCUGCCCGGACAGACCCUGCCCCCGCAAGCCGGCCUGAGCCCCGCAGAGCUCCAGCAGUUGUGGAAGGACGUGACCGGCGGCGGCGGCGGCGGCCACGGCGCCAUGGAGGACAACGGCAUCAAACACAGCGGCAGCGGCGCCGGCGGAGGCGGCGGUGGCAGCGGCGGCCUGGACCUCUCCACCAACAACUCCUCUUCAACUACCUCCUCCUCCUCCAACCCCGCCAAAGCGUCGCCGCCCAUCUCUCACCACUCCAUCGCCAACGGCCAGUCCCCCGCCCUCAACCACAGACGAGAGCGGGAACGGGAGCGGGAACGGGAACGGGAGCGGGAGCGAGACAGUUCACUACACGAAGACAUCGGAGGGACCCACCCCCUGUACGGUCACGGCGUUUGCAAAUGGCCCGGCUGCGAGAACAUCUGUGAGGACUUCGGACAGUUUUUGAAGCAUCUAAACAGCGAGCACGCCCUCGACGAUCGGAGCACGGCUCAGUGUCGGGUCCAGAUGCAAGUCGUACAGCAGCUGGAAAUACAGCUUUCUAAGGAACGUGAGCGUCUGCAGGCGAUGAUGACCCACUUGCACAUGCGGCCCUCGGAACCCAAGUCAUCUCCCAAACCACUCAACCUGGUGUCCAGCGUCACCAUGUCCAAGAACCUGCCGUCGGCGUCGCCCCCCAACUUACCUCAGACCCCCACCACGCCCACGGCGCCCAUCACGCCCCUGGCGGCCAUGCCCCAGGUGCCGUCGGUGCUGGGAGGAGCCAACGUGCCCAGCAUCGGAGCCAUGCGCAGGCGCCACUCGGACAAGUACUCCAUGCCCCUGUCGUCAGGUGGUGACACAGUAUUUAUUUUUCCAGAGAUCGCCCCAAACUACGAGUUUUAUAAGAACGCAGAUGUCAGACCGCCAUUUACUUAUGCAACCCUCAUAAGACAGGCUAUCAUGGACUCUGCCGACAUGCAGUUAACGCUUAAUGAAAUCUACAGCUGGUUCACGCGCACGUUCGCCUACUUCAGACGCAACGCUGCCACCUGGAAGAACGCCGUCCGCCACAACCUCAGCCUGCACAAGUGCUUUGUGCGCGUGGAGAACGUGAAGGGGGCCGUGUGGACGGUGGAUGAGGUGGAGUACCAGAAACGCAGGUCGCAGAAGAUCACAGGAAGCCCAUCACUUGUCAAGAACCUCCCCUCCAGCCUUGGCUAUGGAACUGCACUAAACGCCAGCUUACAGGCCGCCCUGGCAGAGACCUCCUUGCCUUUGCUGGGGACCCCCGGCCUCAUGAACAGCGGCGCCGCCGGCCCCAUGGGCGGCAGCUGCCACGGCCUCCUGGGCGGAGACCCUUCCGGGCUGACGGGCGGCAGCCCGCCCGGACUGCUGGGCGGGAGCCCACCGGGGCUGCUGGGCGGGAGCCCCCCCACCCUGCUGCAGUCGGCCCACGAGGAGCUCAACGGCUCGCUGGACCACCUGGACACCAACGGACACAGCAGCCCCGGCUACUCCCCACCCGUACACAUGCCAAUUCACGUGAAGGAGGAGCCGCUCAACAUGGAUGACGACGACUGUCCGAUGUCACUGGUCACAACGGCCAAUCACAGUCCAGAGCUGGAGGACGACCGGGAGCUGGAGGAAGGGAACUUAUCAGAAGACCUGGAGUGACUAGGAGACAGUUUUUUGUCGACGUAUUCCUUCGCCCAACCGCACUGUUUGUCCCACACAGACCUCCUGCAAGACUAGAAACCACUCCACAGUCCACACGACCACAGCUGACUCUCUCUUUGUCUCUCGCACCACUGGGACUAUUUAUUGCGCAUGCAUCCGGAUGGAGACCAGUCCAGAGGAACUGUUUGUUGCAGCCCUUUGGGAUCCCUGAACAUGUCGGGCAUGAGAUGUCUGAUUAAAAAAGAAAAAAACUCUUGGAGACCUGCUUCAUUAGAGGUGGCUUGGCCACACACAGUACGAGGCUGACGGACUCAUGGAUGGGGAAGAACACGGAGCGAAUGAGCGAGUCAUGUUGUGUUGCAAGCUGGCGGCCUCGUGUACUGCCUGAAAGGAAGAUGUUUUAUGUUUGUGAAUAAUCCAGCCCACAGUAGUUGUUAAUGUCUAGGGACAAUUGCUGGUUCAAUUCAAGUUGUUGCUCUGUUAUCAUUUGCACAGGAGUAGUCUCAGACAUUUGUGUCACUGCCUGUAUGUUGCUAUAAGAAAACCAGUAUAUUAUUUUGUGCUUUCUUACCAUUGUUCAUUUCCAAAUAUGAUUUUUCGACGCCACCAACUGUAAAUGCCAUUCCCUGAAUCACGCCCGUAACAGACCUGCGGUACCAAGACUGUUGUUGCAGCUGUCCCAAAAAAAAGAGUUGGCCUCCUGUCCAUUAACUGUCUGUGAUUAAAAGUAAGAAAACUGGAAAGUAAGUCGGAGGGAAAGAGUUUGUGUAAAGCACCAUUUACAGAACAAAUGCAUUACUGCAUAAUUUUCUUCUUGCUGUUCUCCUUACCUCCUCGUUCUAAAGCUUUGUCUACCUGCAAACAGUCACAGGCAACAGCUAGAAACCAAAGCCAACACUAGCAAUGGCCAAUAGCUUAUAGACCGAAGCCACCAAAACUCCCUUUGGCGCCUUCUGUCACUUUAAACUAGUACAAAGAGAAGCUUUCGUUCCGCAAACUACCUUCGAAAAGAAAAACCUCUGGGAUUGUUUCAUUUAGCCCUAUACAAAGAUGCUCACGAGGGAGAGGGAGAGGAAACAAAGGAUGGUGACGUGUAAUUGGAGACCUUCCUGCCACAUGUGCUGUAGGUAAAGAGGCAACGCAGGCGAUCUGUGCUGGCGAUCAGAGCAGUACCUGUAAAAGUGGAUCAUGACCAAAACGAAACAUUUUGUGUGUUCAAUGGAAGUGCAGACUCAUUGUGUUGUUGUGAAGUUUCUUUCAUGUUUUUUUUACUUUUUGCUAUGCUUUAAACAUCACAAGUCAUUCUCUUGUCUUUUUUUUCUAACCUGGUAAUUAUGUAAUGUUCUAAGUGGGACUGUCAAAAUAAUGUCACGUCUUAUUUCUGUGGCGGUUUUUGUUCGGAGCCGCGCCGAAACCGAAACUGAAAACAUCGCUAACCAAACAUGAAAAAUAUCUAGUGAAGCCAAAUAAGUCAUGAUUUCAAGUUGAACGUGCAACGAUGUGGCUUGGUGACCGUGUAGAAGCAAAUAAUAAUAGCCAUUGCGGGAGAGGACAACAAAGGUGAGAGGUGAGCUUUCGUGGGCGAUAUUGGCUCUGCGGUGUGUGGUGUGAGGCUGAGGUGCUGCGUUCAGGCCCGCUUUGUAAAACACACAAUAUGCCCUCACAGCCAAUGUCCUCUAGAAAAGUCUUGUUGCUUUAAUGGUCAUUUCUGUUUUCAGUAAACCAAAGUUACACAAAAUUCUGCCUCCUCUUGUAUGGGAUAAAGAAACGCUAAACCGACCACCCGCGACCUGUCAGAGACACGUGAACACGAGCUCACACGCAGACUCCUAAGCUCUCGGCCUUCGGUUUUUUCUUUUCUCCUCCGCUGUCAAGGAACCGACGAGUGGCUCUGUGUGCGUUCCGCCCGCUUUCGACCAAAACGGAAAACACACUGUGCAUACGUUGUUUUCAAGCACCGUGCCAAACGCCAACAGUUGGCUGUGAGAGCUUAACAUACAGACACAUGCAGUACUGUACAAACACACAGCAUGGCACGCACACGCACACACACGCACACACACGCACACACACACACACACACACACACACACACGAGCACACACUCAUACGCCGGUUCCGCGUCAAGAGGCUACUGGGCCCCGGGAACCAGGCUUAUCCCUUCAAUACUGAGCUGGAGUCAGCAGAACUUCUUAAUAAUCUUAUCACACCAAAUAAAAAAAGGACACUGCGUCAUUCAAAAAAAAAAAAAAAAAAAAGGGUUCUCCCACUUUCCCAAAAAGGCUUUCUAAAAGCUUCUACCUCUGCACAACCAAUUCAGAACAAUUAUGACAGAUUGCACGAGUUGUGAGGACGCCGCGAGCGUUGCGACACCGUCACCAGGCUCCUCCCACAGGACGCGGCUCGCACCAACGUUUACAUUCCCCGCGUGGACGCGCCGAGGGCCUCGCGUUGUACCCGGUGGUCCUCAAAACGUUUGUAGAAUGAUGAUGUAUAGAUCACCUGUAAGGGAAUAUUGUGUUUUAAAAAUGCAUGUCUAAAAAUCAUUUGGUGGACUGGAAACGAGAAGUAAUAAAAAGAAUAUAAUAAAAAUCACCUGGACGAAGGCCUAAACGGACGUACAAUGCAUCGGAGUGCAUUACCUCAGAUAUGCUGUUUUGGGAGGGAUACAACCUGUCAGCCACAGAAUGCAUAUUACCUGUAGAUUUGCAUGGGUUUUGUAUAAAUUAAGUAAAAAAUGUCUAAAAUAGUUGCUUGCACAUAAUACCAGAAAGACCUCCAGAACUGCGAUCUGCUCCUCCACUAGAUUUUAGGAUUGUCUGGAUUUUCUGGGUUAAUUUUGUCUGUAUUUUGAUAACUGUGCAUACUUAUGUAAAAAAAAAAAAAAAGCGUCGGUGGACCCAUAAAUUUACCAGACUUUUUUCUAAGAGGAAAAAAAAAUCUCAGUGUUUUCUUUUUCUGACUUACCUGAAUUUUUACUGUUUCUCUCUCUCUCAUUGCUCGCUAAGAAUAGCAAACCUGCUUUUUCUGCAUCUGCUUUGCGUAGCUGUAAGGCUUAACCUAAUGUGUGUAUUUAUUGCUUGUACCUCUGUGCAUACUUUAUGAAGCAUUAUGUCUGGCAGUUGAGUCAUGUAUCCUUUCUACUGCUAUCCUUCUCUAAUAAUUGGGAAUAUGAUCCCCCUAUGUAUACAGUAAAUUGGGACUGUAGCAAACAUAUGUUUAUGUAAUUGGUGAAAACUCUUAUUUUUGGUUUGUUUCUUUUCCUUUGGAACGAGAUUCUGCUCCUUUUUUUUUUGAUACUUUUCAUUACUGUGUACUGUGUCCAUACGUUAAAGGUUCUCUGACAUUAGAAGGUCAUGGCUGAGAAUUGUAACAGACGUUAUUAUUUUCUGUAUUCAUGGCAUUUCACUGCUGAAUAAAAUAAAGGACCAAAACUUGGAAUUUGAAAA